AAUAAUUUAGAAGUCGCAACAUGCGUCCAUUAGGUGUGUUGUUUAUUAUUAACUAAUUUUAUGCAAAUCACAUGCAAGAAAAAGUGCGGCACCGUCAUCCGAACGUGGCACGGCGAACGGGUGGUGUUGCCCGAGCCACCGCAGCCCUCUCGCAGCCGAAAGCCAGUUACGCAAAACACUUUUCCGCGUCAGUGAAAUUAAACAUUGUUCUCGCCCGCUAAUCCUUAUUAACCAUAACCGGUCCGAAGCUUCACGCACAACAGCCGGGAGCGGCUUGCGAAGCGCUCACUCGCAGCGCUCGCUUCCAUCCCCUGCCCCUCCUCCCGGAGGCUCACCCAGCCAUAUAAUUAUUUGAUCAUGUGGUAUUAUUAUCUGUAAUAAAUGCGAGCCGCUUCACAGUAAUCAAGCUGAUUAAAAAUUCGUGCGCGGUCGGGCCCCCCCUCCUCUCCUCCUCCUUCCUCCUCCUCCUCGAUAAGCGCUGUUGCCGUCGCUCUGCGAGCUACGGCACCACCUCCUCCUCCUCCCUUCUCCGUCUUCCUUCCCCAUCACGCGCAGCCCGAGGUUAGAGUAGAGAGAGAGACCUGGCGGACCGAGGCUCGAACCGGGACGCUAAACAAGAGGGCGACCGAGGGGAUUGAAGGGUGUUCGUGUGGUGUGUGUGGGUGGGGUGGGUGGUGUCCGGAGCGAGAGGAGCCAACGCACCCAAGGAUCUCGUCAAACUACCUAGGCUGAGUGAAAGCGAGAAAAAAAAACAAAAAUGUCGUGACGGCUCCGUGACUCGUGCGUGAUGAGUCUCCGUAACUAAUCAUUUUGCGGCUUGGCCGUGUCGGUGUUAGCGUUCUCGUUCGUGUUGUUGUUGGUGUUGCUGGGUGGGUGGGGGAGAGAAGGAGCGAAGGUAACCGCCACAGUACCUGGGAGGAGGCGAGCACUCUUUUGACGUUUCCUAGUUUUGUUUUGCUCCCACCCCCCACCACCACCACCUCCACCAUUUACGCUGCGUGCUUCUGUCACGGUCGCUGUUGCGAGCGGGUGGCCUCCGAUCUUCGGUGACAGGCGGCGACUCGCAAAGUGACUGCCGUAUUAACAACAGCAACAGCAGCAGCAACAACAGCAGCAGCAGCACUACUUCUACUAGCAGCGCACUACUACUAGCAGCGCGGCCGCGACGGGGACACGCGCAGUCCCAGAGCCACCACUUUUAUCGUGACCCCCACUCGGCAGGGGGCCUCGGUGCUGUGCCCACCACCGCGGGACUCUCUGCGCUGUCCCGCAGCCGGACCAUCCGCAAGCAGCAAGCGCCAGCGGCGGCAGCAGCAGCAGCACCGGCUCCCCGCCGCCUCCUCCUCCUCCUCUUCCUCGCAUCCCUGCUCAUCCCUGCAGAGCGGCUCCUCUCCGGCCUUCAGCGUGGGAGAGAGGGAGCUGGUGGGGGGGGGGACAGGCCCAGAGGCGGCCCCGCGGAGUCGCGCGGUUCGCCGGGCGCCCGUGCCGGGGUGGGUGGAGACGAAGAGGAGAGGGGUGGUGGUGGUGCAGGAGUUCAGGACCGCGGCGCAUGGCUCGGGAAGGCGCGCAGUGACCGAGUGGGGGAAGCCGCGCGCGUGUCCUCGGAGGGGAGAGAUUAAAAGUGCGGGGAAGAGGAGCACACGAGGCGCAGGGGAUGAAUAAAGGAGAGGAGUCGUGGGCCACUCAGGGGCUCCGUGAGUUCUGCGCCAGUCCCGGCGACGUGGCGAGGGACCACCCUCCCAGCAAGCUGGCCCGGCCGGAGCAGAACGGCGGCGCGGGCAACCAACUCGCCGAGUCCAGAGCCAGGCUGUCCACCUGGGCCAUGGCCAAAUGCAGUAAGCCCGUCUGCCGCUCCAUCCCCGUGUUCUGCGUCGUGGAGCAGGGCGAGAGUCCCAUGGACCUGGACGGCAAGGAGGAGCACGCUGACUUCGUGCUUCUGCGACGCGACGUGCUCUUCAACCAGCUGGUGGAGACGGCGCUGCUCUCGCUGGGAUACUCGCACAGCUCGGCCGCUCAGGCGAGAGGUCUCUUGAAGCUGGGAAACUGGAACCCGGUGCCACUGAAGAGUAUCACCAACUCCCCCGAGGCCACCAUCGGCGAGAUGCUGCAGGACGUGUUCCACACAGCGACGCUCCGCAUCUUCCUGCACAGUUGCUCUCGACUGGAGGAUCUUCCUUCGGAGCAGUGGACCCACACGACCGUCCGGAACGCACUUCGAGAACUCCUCCGGGAGAUGAACCAGAGCGCCCUUGCCAAGGAGUGUCCCCUCUCCCAGAGUAUGAUCUCCUCCAUCGUGAACAGCACUUACUACGCCAACGUCUCUAUGGCAAAGUGCCACGAGUUUGGACGAUGGUACAAGCACUACAAGAAGUACAGAGCCAGAGCAGAUGGACAAGACACGAUGUCAUUGGCAAGGCUGUCGGGAAGGACAAAUGCCAGCCCCAGCCCCAAUCAUCAUCAUCACUUGUCGGGCGGCAAGGACCCGGCCUCACCGCGGCAGCUCUCGCCCACGCAGCUCUCGCCGGGCCAGACACCGCACCUCGCGCAGACCUCGCCGGGUCCUCCCCAAGGCCUCCUCCCUCCGCCGUCUUCCCAGCUGCGCAGCCCGCUGUCUCCGCUGCAGCCGCUGGUUGGACCUGGCAUGAUGCCCCCGCAAUUGGUGAGCCAGCAGAUAGCCAUGGCUCAGUUCCUAAACCAGCAGCUGGCGGUCAGCAGGCUCCUCGCCCACCAGCAGCAGCAUCACCACCAGCAGUUCCUCAACCACCCGCCGCCACCGCCGGGCUCGCAGGGAGUGCCUCCGCCCGGCGCGUCCAUGGGCUCCGCCGUGAGGGCCUUCAGCAAGGGCUGCUCCAGCGAGAUGCCCAACUCGUCGUCGGACGUCGGCCUCGACAUCUACCAGCGGGUGCGCGAGGAGCUCAAGCGUGCCAGCGUCUCGCAGGCCGUGUUUGCCCGUGUCGCGUUCAACCGCACGCAGGGUCUGCUCUCUGAGAUACUCCGGAAGGAGGAGGAUCCAAAGCUGGCGUCCCAGUCUCUGCUGGUGAACCUUCGUGCCAUGCAGAACUUCCUCAACCUGCCCGAGGUGGAGAGGGACCGCCUGUACCAGGAGGAGCGCGAGAGGAACAUGAACCCAGCCGGGGUGAUGGCGGCCAGCAGCAUAAUGCAACCUGGCAGGAACUUCUCACCACAGACGAAGCCGUUUGCCAUGCCCCUAGAGCACUGCGUAAAGGUCGAAGAUGGUGUGGGCCAGGGCAUCACGGCCAUCAUCUACGAUGAAAUCCAGCAGGAGAUGAAGCGUGCCAAGGUAUCGCAGGCCCUCUUUGCAAAGGUGGCAGCAAUGAAGAGCCAGGGCUGGCUGUGCGAACUGCUGCGCUGGAAGGAGACGCCCUCGCCCGAGAACCGCACCCUGUGGGAGAACCUGGCCACCAUCCGCCGCUUCCUGAGCCUGCCCCAGAACGAGCGCGAUGCCAUCUACGAGGAAGAGGCCGGAGCGCACCACCACCCGCCCACGCUGCUACAGCAGCAGCAGCAGCAGCCACCGCCGGCAGCGGCAUCGCACGCCGCUCACUUGACGCACGCCACCAUCGGCACGCAGCCCUGCCUGCUGCCUCACCCCGACGUGCUGCCGAGGGAGGUCUCCCGAUUUUGCAUCUCUGGUGGUUGGAAGCCUCCCACAAGCCAGCCGCUGGUGCUGAUCCAGGGCGAUCGUCUGGCCGUGGCGACCAGACCAGCGGCCUCUCCUCCCCCGCUGCCUCCGGCUCGCGACGAGGACGCGAGCAACGGGGGAGGCGCGGGCCCACCGUCCCUCCCCAAGGCGCGCGUCCGCACACGCAUCUCCGUGGAGGCCCUGGGCAUCCUGCAGAGCUUCAUCCAGGACGUGGGGCUCUACCCGGACCAGGAGGCAGUGCAAACGCUGUCGGCGCAGCUGGACCUUCCGCGGCACACCAUCCUGAAAUUUUUCCAGAAUCAACGCUACCAGGCGAAGCACCAUCAGCGAACGAUGCGGGAAGCGUUGCAGGAGGGACAGGCGGCGCACGAAGCAGGUCGGCAGCAGCAGGAGCAGCACUGCGGCGAGGCGAGCGGUGCCGGCGGAUGCAGGGAUGAGUCCGACGGUGGGAUGAGCCCAAAUGCCACCGGCGAGAUGAUGAUGGACGACUCCAUGGAAGAUAGCGACGAAGGAAGUGACGCUUACCAUGAGGUGGACACGCACAACAAUGAUGACAAUGAGGAUGAUGAGGAUGAGGAGGACGAGGUAGAAGAUCACCAUGCCGCAAGCCCCGAAGUGGAGGCGCACAGAGAAGUAGAGCAGAGCAACUCGGAGUAGUCACGCAGUGGCUUUUAAGGCAACACUAGGAAUUUAUGUUUGUACAUGAUGGUAGACUCGUUCAAGUUAGAGUGAACAAAAUACUCUGCUGAUAAGUCUGCAAUCCCGACAUGAAGAUGCAUCUUCAGCUCAUUUACAUUUUACGAACAGCAAUUGUGAAUGAACUUGUAUAAUUGUUCACUUUAGAAGGCAGCUUGAAACAUGAAGGACGGGAGGUAAGGGAGAGAUGAAUAGAUUUAAAAGUAAUAUAAUGUUGAAAUUGAUGUUGUCUGUGUUGGGUAGUUGAUAUAUAUUUAAGAUUAGAUUUUGCAGUCAUUCAUAGUAAAUCUGUUUCAUUAUUAAAAUAGCAGUGCCGAAAAUUUAAGUUAAUAAAAUGGCUAUUUUGAAUUUUCAAAAUCACAACUGGCAACAGUGAGUUUAAAAAUCCAUUAACAAUAAUUCCAGUUGAAGCUAAACUUUCAUUAAAGCUGGUACAAUUGCAGCUUAACAUUAUAUAUACGAUGGUAAGAGAUGUAACAAAAUCAAACUGGCUUUUUCUUAUUUGCUUUACUGUAUUUUCUAUUAAAAUUCCAAAAGAGCCAUGCUCACAUGAUUAGCAAUUCGAUAUCGACUGCAAUCUCUAAAAUGCAGAUGUCAUUAACAGCCGCCACACAGAUCCCCUCCCGUCUGCGCAGACGAGGUUUAAAAUAGCAAGACAACAAGGAGACGGGAGUAGCAUCAUCUCCUUUAAUAAACGCACCAUCGUUGUGAAGCUUAAGUUGCAGGUGACAACAAUGCGUGCGAGCAUAGAGCACAUUGAGAGUCGGAGACAAUAAUUCGAACAGGGGUCACUUGAGCAUUAGAAAGGAGGAACUAUUUGUACUUGGCAAAAACAAUUAUCGGAGUGAUCUGAAUUGGCUCGCUGCGUUAGACUGAAGGCCCGAGAGCUUCAAAGUGCUCAAGAGAAAGCUGCACGUGCUCUGGCGCACUCGCCGACUGACAAGAGAUGUAUCUCGUCCCUGCAGAAUUAUAAACAGAUUUUACAACAGAAGUUUUGAACGGGGAUAAUGAAUAAUCAUAAGGAAUGAAUCCGAAGCGAAAAAGCACCUUAAACAUAAUGUCAAAUUGUGUUCGUUGGCAUUUGGUGCUGGGUGUUAUUGAUGUAUCUAAUUAACUGAACAUUCUUUUUUUAACCAUCAAAUUCAGGUGCAUUACUUACUGUGCAGUAUUACAGUGCGUAGGUGUUAGGGGUACCCCUGGAUGCACAUCUUGAAAUUCAAAUGAUAUUUGUUUGUAAAACGGUGGGUGAAGCCAGCGGAAAACAGUUGGUUGAUGAGGACAAAUAAUUAGUGCUGAUGUGAUGGAUUGAUUCCCUGAUAGUGGCAAACCUACGGCUGGGCCCUGCAAGCGCUCUCGAGGCGGUGAUUAACAGCCGCGCGUCUAAACGGCACUUAAUAAAGACUGAUUCGGCUUGCCGGCCUAAUCGCUGGGCAUCCGUCACUCCAGCCACCAUCGUUAAGUGCUCUAGCACCGCAGAUGUUUGCCAAUGGACCGAAAGGAAGGGGGGGGGGGAAGAACGCGCGCGUAGUCAGAACGCGCACCUUAAUGGUACUCGUGAACAGUUGACUUCCUUGAGUUCCAGUUUAAAGGGCAGCGAUCAGCUGCUCCAUUGUAUACGUUAUGAAGGUGUGUAAUUUUGUUUAAUUUGUCUUACUUAGGCUGGCUCACGUCCGAGAUUUUUCACGUGGAGUAGUAACCCUUGCACACAAUUCACACGUACACGUCCUAUAUCACCGGCAUCAUUAUUAUUUUACGAAGCGAAUGCGUUGAUUUACGUAGGGCUGUUAAUUGUGUUUCGGAGAGAAUAAGGAAGGUUGACUGUGCUAAUGCGUUAUUGCGUCGAACGGAGCGCUUCAACGUAACCUGCCUUACUGCGAUGUGUGGCUUCAGAAGGCGGCGCGUUGCGGACCUCCUCUGUACAUAUAACAAGGUGACCAUCGGUGGAGAUGCACACCAUUAAAUAACUAUUAAAGCUCGUGUAAUUUUGCGCGAUUAGAAGCUCUUAACGGGAACACUUUGAGGAUAUUUAUAGGUGAAUAAAACUUGACUGGGUAAUUUGCCUUUACAUUUUCAAAUCGACACUGAUAAAUGUGCGUGUUUGCAGCCUGCCGAAGUGUUUGUCUUUUUUUUCUUGCUGGCCCACAUGCCCAAAAAUGAUGAUGAAUCAUGCCUAGGGAGGACAGAGAUGGCUCCCAGUAACUAGUUAUUAUUAUUAUUUUUGUCGUCUUGCAAUUUUUUUUGCACCAAAAUAUGUUUGGUACAAUAAUCACAAUGAAAGCUUGCAUGUAUUCAGGCAAUAAUUCCAGAAAGAAAGAAGAAAAAAACAAUAUUCCGUAAUUGUACGUUCCAGUAAUGAGCGGGGUUUUUUUGUAUGAUAGAAAUGUCAUCAGCUUUAGAUAGUUUGGUGCGAGAUAUUCUGUUUGGCAACAAGACGUAAAGCUUCAUGAUGAUUCCUCUAAUUAAUUCCCAGAUGACACGUGCCAACAUGAUUAAAGCCCAUGAUUGAAUCAUAUAGGUCUUAUUCCAGCUGUUUCCUUUGUUUGCGAAAAUGUUUUUUUUCGUUUAAAAAAUAGCGAUGCAAAUAAACAAAAUAAACUCUGUACCAAGCUAAUUCUUACAUAUAUAUUAAUUCAUUAUUUUGAUCACAAAAAAACUGUGUAGUGAAAUAAAUUAUUUAUCAAAACACUUUUGUUAUAUUUGUAUUAUGUGCUGUAUAUAGUUAUAUAAAGGCAAUCGUGUAUAUUUAAUAUAUACAUGGUAGCAAGGCUUAAUUUCUCUCUAUUUUACGGAACGCUGCUAGGCUGUGGAUUAUUGGCAUAAGGCACUACCACUAGACUGCGAGGUAUGGCUAUCCAUAAGAAUCUUAUAUUAUUAUUAUACAUUAUCUUCCUAUAAUCUUAGUAACAGGUUUUU